AGGAUGAAGCUGAUCUAAUUACGUACCUGUUCGUUAAAAUCAAAAGUAAAAAAUUCCAACAUGAAACUUCUGACGUGCUUAACAGCUUUUGCGCUGCUCAGUCUGCUGGCUGCCGCGCCCAUCUCUAACGAAGGAGAUGAAAGAGUUUUAGUAAACAAGGAGUUGUACAUCGAAGAUUUUGUUAAAUAUAAAGCUGAACACGAUAUAGUCUACUUAGUUGUACUAAUCAACUCAAUCUACUUCGACAAAGACCAUUCAAGCGAGUUUGAAUCGAAAGAAGCAGAUAAAGACACUCUUGUUAACUUCUUAGAGGCUGAAGUCCAACCUGAUGGAAGCCAUGUAGACCAAGAUUUGUAUAACAUCAAGGAAGGAGCCAAGAAAAUUCUGGAAAAUGGAAGUGACGCAGUUGCAUCAGUAAACCAAAGAAAAAUAGUUUUCUUCGGAGCUAAAGACGGACUUUACGUUUACAACCCAGCCACCAAUGAAGCUUAUAAAUACCGACAAAUAACAGAUAGCGUUAUAGCAAUCACAAGGGCUGUAAGGGGAGACAUUAUAUACGUUUUGACUGAGGACCAGCAGCAUCAAAUGGCAAUUUACUCGUUAAAUUUUAAAAACACUGGGCUGCUGUCGAAUUGAUAUUCA